AGGUUUUUAAGUUUUUAAAACCAAAACAAGAGGAAAGGUUUUGUUAAACUUUAUUAUUAUAACGGUACCACAUAACGGUAGUUAGUGCUGGUUUUGACAUCAAAGUAGUGAUUGUCAUCAUGGCUGAAAAACGUAAAGGAAGGAAACGAAGAGAGGAAUUCAAUCCGGAUGGGGAUGAGAAACCUGAAAAGCCGGAUCCAGAAGAAUAUAAAGUGGCCAAAUGGAUGAAGAAAAAUAUUCCAUUGAAGAAAACCAAGUUUCUCAACCAUAAUGUGGAGUAUUUUACUGGAUCAAAGGCUGUGGACGGGCUGAUGGAGUCAAAGUGGGCCAAACCAGAAAAGGAAGGGGAAGAUCCGCUUUUCCUCACUCGCUUGGACGUUGUUGAGUUUUUGGACAAAAUGCUAAGGCACAAAUUCUUUCAUCGAGCAAAGAAGGUUCCAGUGUCUGAGCAAGAGUUGAAAGCCAAAAUGAAGAAAAAGGGGAAGAAAGAUGAUGAGAAAAACGAAGAGAAGAAAAAGAAAGAAGAAGAAGCAGCUGAGAGUAGUCAUGCCGAGGGGAAAGAGGGAGCUCAACAGGAAGAACGGGAGAAGAAGAAGAAGAAAAUAAGAUUAGAAAUGCACAUGGACCAGUUUUUUGACGAUGGAUUGGACGCGUACGUCUGGAUCUAUGAUCCGAUACCCUUCUACUACUGGCUGUUUGGAGCUCUCGUAGUUUUGGGAGCCAUCGCUAUCUGUAUGUUCCCUCUGUGGCCUCCUACAGUGAGGAUGGGAGUGUACUACCUGAGUGUGGCGGCCGCUGGUUUCCUCAUGUUCAUCAUCGCCCUGGCCAUCCUCCGUCUGAUAGUCUUCUGUCUACUCUGGGUCCUGACUCUAGGCAAACAUCACCUCUGGCUCUUCCCCAACCUCACCGAGGACGUAGGAUUCUUCGCUUCGUUUUGGCCACUAUAUCAGUAUGAGUACAAAGGAGGCGAAGGAAGUAGUAAGAAAUCAAGCAAAAAGAAGAAGAAAGAUAAGGACUCUGAUAAUGAGGAAGAAAAGACCGAAAAAGAGGAUGAAGAAGAAGAGAGAGAUGAGGAAGAAGAGAGGGAGGGGGAACUUGAAGCAGAAGCCAGCCAACCAGAAGAUGACAAGCCAGAUGAUGAUAGGGGUGACCGAGAUUCAGAGACGGAAUCUGAGGGCAGCAGUCAACAGUCUCAGACAGGAAAAGACUUUGAAAUGGUCGACAAAGACGAAGUCAAGGACUCUUAACACAGAUAGUGGUAGUGAGGGCCCGUGUACAGCCACAUAUCACCCAGACAUCUGCUACACAGAACAAAUUCAACUGGGAAUCAACUUUGUAAAUUUUGUAUCGUCACCUGACGUGCAUUUUAUGUUCAUUGACUUCACUGACGCUGAUGAUAUCAGAAAUCCUCAUUUUAUCCUUGAUAAAAGACUUAAUUAUAUAUUUGCUCAAUUUACAGUGUGGCUUUGUUGAUGGGAAACGACUUACUUAUUUAUGAUAUAAAUCUAAAAUAUAAAUAUUUUGUUGCUAAUUUGUUUCCUGAAAAGUGGUAACUCUAGUUGUCUUGAUGUUGUCUUAUAAUUCUAAAUUUUGAUUGAACUUUUAAGGAACUAAACCUAAACAAUUUCCAUUAAUGAAAUGCUCACUUAUAACAUCUUAAAUUUGCAAUAAAAAAUUAUUCUCUCUUUUAGCAUUGAUUUUCUUCUUAUAGAAUAAAAGAUUGUAUAUGUUUAUGUAUAUGCGCUGUAAUAUGUUUUAAAUCAAUUAAUGUGAGUGUGGUGAGUAUUGGAGCUUGAAUGUAUUUUUGUUGUGUCAAAAAAGUAAUAUCAAUGACCUUUCUAAUACAUCUAAAUAUGGUUAAGAUCAAAACUAGACGUAAAUCAUUUUGGAAGCUAUAUUUUUUAAGAUAAAAACAAAUUUUCUGGAUUAAUUAGCUUAAGAUAUGAUACAGUAUGAUGACCAAUCUGUAAACUAAAUAUUUGUUUAAAGGCAUUUGAGGUAAAAAAAAGAUGCCAAAACAAGGGAGACAUUGUAGCCGACUCAAAUUUCCUGCUAGGGGUGUAAUGAUGAAAUAGAACUUGAUUUUGAUUAAGACACAUGCUUUAAAGACGGCUGAUAAACAUUGAAAGCAAAAUAAAAUUUGUCGGAAGAUGAUUAAGCAAAUUUAGGCUGAAAACAGAACUUGAGGAUUGGAAGGUUAGGCUUAAUGCACUAGAAGGGGAAAUAUAUAGAUAUAAAGGUAAUUUAAGAUAAAUAUAAGUGGACAUUUUUUGUUAGUUCUUUAUAGUAUAUUACUAUAACCAAAACAUGUUUGUGCUCUUUCAAAAAAAUAUAGUUUAUUAUUUUCUGUCGUUGAGUAAGUUUUGGCUAUUGUGUGACGAUUUUUACUUUUACAGUUGGAUUGGGUUUUUUAGCCAACUUGAAUCCAAGCAGCAGUUGUGUUUGGAAAUCAUAAAAAUAUUUCUUCAUAGGUAAGAUAGUAUUUAAGUAAAAAUUAGUGAUUGUGUUAUUUGGUGGUUAAAGAGGUUAUUUUGUAAUUUCUGAAGACAACUUUUUAGCAAAAACUGGAUACUUCUAGCUCAUGAUGACAUCAAAUGCCUAUUCUUACAGGAAAUUAACAUUUCUUAGCUAAUGAAUUCAUUUGGGGUACCAGCAAAUGGGACCAUUUGCUAGUUUAGGUAAUUUAAUUAUAAAGUUGAUUCCCAGACAGUCCUAGAUAUUAUAAAUAAAUUGUUGAAAAAAAUUAACAUAGUAUAUGUUGCGUCAGUCAAGAUAUUUUUACAAGUAGCCUUACGAUAAGAAGUUUUUUCCAAUAAGAUCUAGUAUUUAUUUAAACACUGUGAUGCACAAAGGAAACUCUGAGAAAAGGUACAUUUAUUUAUUUAUUUAUUUUUGAGCAAGUAUAUGAGAUUACUUAAAAUAAUAUCCCAACUUUGUUUAAUUUAAACUCUUCUAAGUUCCUGUAUUUUAUACCAAUCUUUUGCAAAACGUUAGGUCACUUCAUAAGACAACACUUAGCAGUAUGUUAUGAAAACUAAUUCCUUAGCAGUUUGUAAGAACCACAAACAUAAAUGCACAUUUCUUUUUGCUGAAUUCUAUACGUAAUUACGGCUAUUUACUUAGCUGCUAAAUUGUUAAAUAAUAGUUGUAGUUAUUUUUCUGAUUUUGUCUUUCACUUUGUAUCUUUAGAGGAUAGCUACAGAUAUUAAUAAGUGUUGUAUGUAAAAAAAGUCGGUAAAAGAUUAGCUCUAACAAGAUUUCAAUGUUACAAUUAAAUUAAGUGUUGAUUAAAGGUGAAUGUUAAAAAUCCAUAUGCUCUCAAGCAGUAACUUUUGUACAUUAUAAACAAUCGUUGAAAUUCCUAUUUAAUUAUGAUGCAUUUCAAAACAGAAUGGAACCGAUUGCAUUUAAUUGUAAUUUACAAUUUUGUUACCUCCGUUUUACAUUUUACUCUUUUCGGUCAGUGUUGACGGUUUCAGUUUUUUACUUUUGUAAUUUGAAUUUUCCUUAUCGAGCUUGUAAAGACGGAAACUGUUUUCAUAGCUCUCUGAGUAUCAGCUGUGAAGAGUCACAUAUUUUAUAUAGUGGAUAUUGUAUUAUAGCUGUGUUAAUGAUUGGUUUAUUUAUAUUUAUAAGUGUGUAUUAAAUGGAGGUGCUGUGAAUUCCGCUUGUUUCAUUCCUGAUGAAAUAUAGAUUGUUUAAAUAGUGA